ACCUUGAUAGAGAUCUUCUAAUGCCUUCACAGUUUGGUAGGCUUAUGUUGUCAAACUGUUUGGAUAAAGAAAGGAAGGGCGGAAAGGCAAAAAAAUAUUGGAGUCGGUGGAAUUGAAUUGGAGGGAAUAUGCUACUUUCUAACUUUUUUAGCUUGAGACAGUAAUUUUGAAAAGAAUUUACUACUUUAGAAAAUUAACUUGCACUUGUUUCAACAAAAAUACACUUUGGUCAAAAGAAUUCAAGAUGGCUGGUUCCGGUUAUAAUGACUUACACCGUAUGUACCUACAAGCCUUAAUGAGUAGAGCUAUUAUCUCUAGAACUUCAGCUAUUAGGUUGCUCAAAGAAGUUUCCCUAUUACUAGGCUAUCGAACCCCCAUUAAGGAUGAUGAUGUGACCGAGACAAUUGCUGAAAUUAACCGAAAGAUUUCAGAGUUUGGUCAAGAAAUCAAGGAGAUCCGAGCUGAAAAAGAUGGGCAACAAUUUGUAGUUUUGGUUAAUGUUGUUGACAACUCAUCUAUUUUUGAAAAGCUCAACCAUACUUACACCCUGAAGGAAAGAGAGAUGUUUAGAUUAUUACUGGAAGCUGUUGUCAUGGCUGGAACAUAUGGCUCUGUGUCCACUAUGGAUGCUCUUCACUUGAAUGUUCCUAACAUGAAGGCUGGGGAUAUCCAAGAUACCAUUGACAAAUUAAUUUCUGAUCAGUGGUUUAUUGAGACGGAUUCUGGAAUUCUUGUGCCUGCACCACGAUUGAUUGCAGAGUUCGAUACAUACCUCAAACACAAUUUUCACGACCAUGUAACUGUUUGCUUGUGCAAUAAUGUAGUCUUUUAUGGGGUACAAUGUCCACAAUGUGAUGCUAUUAGCCACACACAUUGCUUUUUAACAUUCAAUAAGAGGCAACAACCACAUGAAAGGAAGUGCCCAUCCUGUAAAACUAUUAUUCAUAAUGAAGCCAAUGGCAAUGACAGUGGUGAAGAUGAAGAAGAAACACCACGACAGAGGAAACGCCAUUCUAGCCAGGGGGCUGGUCGGCCUAGAAAAAGUAAGACUCCUGAUACACCUCUGAACACCCCUGCUGUUCAUGUUCGGGAGGCUGCUGAUGCAGGUGAACCCAUGGACACCACUCCUGUUCCCACACGGCCAAGACGCAAGCGUCGCAAUGAUCAAUAGGCUUUGUAAUGCAGUUAAUGUCAACACCUUAUAUUGUCUGAAAUAUUUACUGUAUUUUGUUUUGACUCUUUUGUUCAUUGAGUGUUGAUCACAAGUAAGCAAGGUCAUCUACCUAUUGCAUUAUUUUUCAUUUGUUAAUUUUACCUGCCAGAUUUAUUACCAAGUUUUGCACUCUUUUUCCUACACUGGAUAUGGUAACAAUAAAUAUUUUGUCCAUAA